AUGGUCCAGCAAGCCGGUCGUACCACUGGCAGUCCCAGUCGGCUCGGUCGAUGGCUCGGUCGACAGCAUGAGCUCGUCGUCGCGCCGAGCUCGCGGUGGCUGCUCGUCUCCGUGCUCAAGGCCACAAUGGCUCUGACGCUCACCUUUGCCCUCAUCUUUUCGCGUCCAUUCGCGAAUCUCAACCCCCAUGCCGGAUCGUCCCUCAACUCGGUACAUUUGCUGGUGCCCCUGCCCCGGAAGAGCUCGGAGCUGCGCAGUUGGUCCCGUCUCGGUUGGCGCGCACUCGCCGAGGCUGAUUGUCUACUUGAGGCCACCGCAGAUGGUCCUCGCCGUUGUGGCGGCCUAUCCGGGCAAGACCGUAGGCGGCUUUGUGCACAACUUCAUCUGGUCGUCUCUCGGUCUCUUCGGUGGCGUCGCCGUCUUUGUCAUCCUGGCCACGCUCUGUGAGUACCCAACUCGGCUCCGGGAACACGUUCGGCGCGGUAUAUUGGGCCAGCUGACCAACGGUCCUCUGGCUCGAUAGGCUAUGCGCCCCUUGCCCAGGGUUUCGUGUUUGCACUAUGGGUCUAUCUCGUCGCGCUCGUUCGUGCGCUCGGCCCAAAGUACAUAUCCUUCUUCCUCGUGAGUGCCCUCUCUGCGAAGAAUUGUCGCCCCACCUCCCGAGACUCGAGACUCGAGCCUCGAGCCUUUGAGCUUUGAACGCUAACAUCCCACUCUCCACUGCACAGUACGGCGUACUCUUCGCCUUCAACGGCAUCUACUCUCCCAUCGAGCUCGCAAAACAAUCCGGUCGACUGGCCUUCGAAUCCUCUUGGUUGCUCGCCUACUUCCAAGCCUACGGCUACGGUCUCGUCAUCUCCCUCGCCGUCAACUUUCUCGUCUCUCCGACCCAGUCCUCGGCCGAACUCAACACCUUGCUCAUCGCAUCGCUGCAACACAUAUCCUCCCUCGCCCAUUUGACCUGCAAGGCCUAUUCGAAGGAGAUCGACGCUGAUGAGGAACAAGUCCGUUCCGUGCUCGUGCAAACGAUCAGGUCCGACUACCUCGCCCUCGCUUCGCGCCUCGAAGAAACGGCUUACGAAGUUCGCCUUCGUUCCCAAUUCCGUUUCGUCGAUUGGCAGGACAUGAUCGCCAAAGUGCAAGGCUUGCAACAGGCCUUGAUCACGUCCUCCUCGGCGCUGGAUCUGAUCGACGAACUCGAUCCGGAAGGGAUCAAUGUCAAGCGUCACUUGUUGGCGAGGAGUGAAUCGGCGGCGACGUUCAAGGCGUUUCGAAGAGGCAUCGAUUUGGUCAUCGCUUCCAUCGUCGAUCAGUUGCUAGGGAAUGACAACAAGCAACAACAGAGGAAACCUACUGGCGAAGAAGAUGUGCACGGGCAAGAGAUGAGGGAACGAUGGCACCUGCAUUCUCGCGCCAAUCAAGAACCAACACUGCCACCACCCGCAACGCAGCCACGAACAGGUGCGGCAGAGCCUGUGGCGGGCGCGCCUUUGUCACGCAAGGAGACGAUGGAGCAAUUGAUGACCAUAGGGGACAAGUUGAGGAGAGAGGUACAACGCUCCGAAAUCAGGCAACAACAAGCAUCGAGAGAAUCGAGCGUGUCCAAUGCGCCCACGACGAACGAUCCCCCCACACCGGAGGAACAAGCCCAAGCCGCCGCCGACCUGCGCCACACGCUGAGCAAACGGACGACGGUCUUUGACCCCGAACGACGAACGCCGAGUGGGGAUGAGGAGAAAGCGUAUGCUGCGGGAUCGGAAGUGGGGUUCUUGCGUGACGCGUGGGAACGCUUUGCUCAGGUGCAGGCCGAUGCGUUGAUAUCGCUCAUCAAGGAUGGGUCAUUGGGCAUCGAGGAUGUUUUGAGGAUCGAGGAAGGGAUGCCGGGAUUACAGAUGAUGUGAGUUGAGCAUCUUCGGAUCCUAUUGAGGGGCUUCGGAUUCACGUGAGGUUGUACGAUAGGUACGCGGAUCGACUCCCCAAAGCUUGGACAAGCUCGCUCGUCGCCGAGACGUCCCUGAGACGCAUACGACACGCCGUACCCAUGAGCAGCUUUGCCGGAUCCUCGAGAGGCGGCGAAGACUCUGCACAUCCGGAAGAGGUGGCCAUCUCGGCGGCCUUGACCAAGUCGUAUUCGAUCCUCUUUGGCUUCGGGUCAGUUCACUUCUACUCCCGUUGAGAUUAUGCACAAGUCGUGAGCUGAUGCCCGGCGUCCUCACGCUAGGCAACUGACGGAUGAGUUGUGCUCACUUCAUUCGCUCGUCACAACCAAUCGCAAGAAACGGAUCCGACCUUACAUCUUUUACACCCUGCGGCAGAGGCUAUUGGCGCCAUGGCAAAGACCGAACGGGAUGACGUUACCUGAAGCUCUGGCGACACUGAAAGGCGACCCUUAUACAGCGUUAAAGGUCACCCUUACACAGCGUUUCGUCUGGUUCGAGAGGUGGUUGAGGGGUGAUCGAUCGCUUUGUAAGUUGCUCGUCAAAUGGUAUGAAUCUCAAUUUGAUGGGCCAGAAUGAGACUGAAUAAUCCCUGCACGCCGGACAGACGCCUUCAAAGUCGCCAUCGGUGCCUCGUUGUACACAGUCUUCAUCCUCACGCCGUCCCUUCAAACGAACCUUUUUUUCAAAUAUGGCAUGACAUCGUCACUCAUCACCGUCAUCGUCGCCAUCUCACCCACCUUGGGCCAAACGACCUGGACUUGGGUCCUGCAGCUUGCGGGCACGGGGGUCGGUGCUCUGUACGGCUUGAUCGUGCUCGAGAUCUUUCACAACGUUGGAGGACACGUCUACAACCCUUAUGGUCUCGCGGCAGCGAUCGCUGUUUGGGCCGCCUUCUCAUCCUUCAUCUUCUACGGGAGCCCGCAGUACUAUACCGCCUCGUUACUGAUGAUGGUCGGUAGCGGCAACGUCGUCAUCCUCGAAUACCUCUACAACGAGAACCCAGUGGCGAUGGCGACGCUCAGACAGCCCUACGAAGCUCCGCCGCUUCGCUUCGCCCAUCUCAUUGGCUCAAUGGGCAUCUCGAUCGGUAUCUCGGCGAUCUUGCAACUCUUCUUCUUGAGGUCUCCAGCUCGACGACAGCUUCGAAAGGAGAUCGCGACCAUCACCUCCUCGCUCGCGCGGUACAAUACGCUUUUGCAGACUCUGAUCAACGUCGUCGCACCCGCUGAUGAUGCACCCAUGCCUUCACCCGAAGCAUUGGAUCAAAUCGCCGACGAGUUAGUCCAACAAGAAAUCGCGAUCCAAUCCGCGCUCUUGAAGCUUCCAACGACGUAUGGGUACGCCAAAGUCGAGCCUACCUUUGGCCUCCCCUUCAAAGCCGACGUCUUGCUCAAGAUCAUCAACUCGCACCAAAUCAUUCUUGAUCGAUUGAGGGAGGCUCGAACGGCGGUCGGGACCAGAGGGUUCAACGAGACGGUGCAUAAAGAUUUCGCGAGUGCGUUGUUCCCUUAUCGGUUGCAUUCGCAGAGGUUGGCGAGGGUGUUGUUCCACCUUGCCGCGACGUCGCGUGAGUUUGAUGGCUUGUUGUCGGGGUAAUUGAGGUGGUGGUGUGGAGCUGACUGGGUUGUGGACGCUUCACAGUGAUGUGCAAGACCCCAUUGGCGCGUGACGUCCCUUCGUCCAAGCCGACCUGGGCGUCGUUCGAGAACGAUGCACUCGUUUUAUCCCGUCGUCUAAGGUCAGUUGAUUCUUUCCAGGAUCUGAGUAUACUGUCGCGUCGUGGGAAAGCUGAUCCUCGACUGCUCAUCGGUCUAGUCAAUUGCCGCGAGGCGAGGCCGAGCUCAAACGACCUGGAUUUCUCAGGUAUUGGUGAGUCGCUACAUGUUUCACACAUGCCGAAGUACGCUGCGGGCACCCGUUCUGAUUAUCCGUGUCCAACCGCUUGCCUUUGGACAGGUUCUACCUCGUCUCGCUCGGGUCGGUCUCGUCCGAGCUGGAAAACCUGGAGCAGUAUCUCGGGGAGCUCUUCGACGACCCCCACAUGAUAUCUGAUGGGGUGCUUUGA